AAAGGCUUCCGGGAGGGUAACCCCCACCCACUCUGGCCAUGAGCCCCUUUGUGCCCCACUCCCACCCUCCAGGCCAGGCCACUGAUGUCACUGGUGACAGGACAGCAUUGUUCUCCCUCCCACCCCCACCCUCACCUCACAAGCCCCAUCACCAUGGGAACUGAGCCAGCCAAUCAGCACACAGAGUUUUCAAAAGGCAGCCUUAUAUACGGAGUCACCUCUCCCCAGACGGGCCUCCGCCAACAUUCAGAGGCCUCCCUCCCCCUCCCCCUGGAUAAACCACUUCAGCUGUCCCCCAUUUUCCUCGAGGGAGAAAAAGGGGAAUCCUCUGUCCGGAAUGCCCAGGAAGGAGAGCCAAGCCUACAGUCACCCAGCUUAGAGCCCCGGCCCCCCGCGUGGCCACGCAGUGCAGGAGCAGCUCAGGAGCCCCGGAAAGUGUCCAGCAGCAACCUCAGCUUCACCCAGAGCAGCGAGAGCCAUGUGUCCUGUGUGCAGCACCCCCGGCCGGAGGACUGCAGCCACGCCAGCCUGAGCAGUGGGUACGCAGGGGACAAGGAGGGCAGUGACAUCAGCUUAGUGGGCAGCCGCCGGAGGGUGCGGUUGAACAGAAGGCUCAACAACCCCGCGCCCAGCACCCAAACGAGCCAGCUGGGCUCCACAGACUCUCCCAGCUGUCUAAAGAGCCAGCUGACUGGCCCCGCCCACAGCACCAAGCAGACUGGAGGGCAAGAGUGA